AUGCCAGGACAACCUGGAGUUCAUGAGGCAGGCCUCGCGGACGGCUCGAUGAAGCUCAUAGUCACGUCGCCUCCCUACAACAUAGGGAAGCAGUACGAGAAGCGGUCUUCGCUGGAAACCUACCUCUCAGACCAGGAACGGGUAAUCGCCGAAUGCGUGCGCCUCUUGCAUCCCAAAGGUCCUUGUUCUGCAGUGGGAACUACGCCCCUGUUUCAAUCGAGCAAUGGCCUGAAGCUGCGCAACCGCAUCGUCUGGCAUUUCGAACACGGACUGCACUGCACCAAGCGACUGUCUGGACGCUACGAGACCAUCAACUGGUUCACGAGAGACGGCGACUACACCUUCGAUGUCGAUCCAAUACGGGUGCCGUCGAAGUAUCCAGGGAAGCGCCACUUCAAGGGUCCCAACGCCGGCAAGCUCUCCGGGAAUCCCAAGGGGAAGAACCCAGGAGACGUGUGGGUAUUCCCUAACGUGAAGAGCAACCACGUCGAAAAGACCAUCCACCCCUGCCAGUUUCCCGUAGAGCUUGUGGAGAGGCUGGUCCUGUCGAUGACCGAGCCGGGCGACGCCGUCCUCGAUCCCUACAUGGGGGUCGGCUCCGCCAUCGUUGCGGCCUUGAAGCAUGACCGUAGAGGCUACGGCUGUGACAUUGACUCGCCCGAUGGGCAAGCCGGUCUACGACCCGGCAAAGCCCAACGGCGGCCACUGAUGCGGAUUGCGGCCCAAUACUCCCACCUGAACGGUCGGGAGUUCCUUCUCGUUCACCACAAGAAUCUCUUGCAAGAGAUAGAGGAGAUCAUUGAGUCCGUCGACGCCGAGUCGUGUCGCACCAAGAUGUCCAAAGAGAAGAUUAAGUCGGGUCGCUUGCUCUACUCUCCAGUAGACAUGAACAAGGCCAUGGCCGCGGGCUUUGAGACAAGUGGCUGGGGGCAGCGGAGACAGGAGUUCUGGGUAACCGCUGACGAAAAGAUUGUCCGGGGUAUUGCCACCCUUCCGGCAGCGAGACAGAAAGAGGCCAUUGAAAAAGCAGGGCAGGAACCGAUCUACUCGUACAACCAGACGGAUUUUGUUAAGGAUCGUGUGGCCGUGGAGGUGCAGUUCGGUAAGUACGCCUUUGUUGCUCACGAUCUCUUCGUCAAGCAUAUGGCAUUCUUCGUAUCCGAUGUGAUCGACGUCGGCGUCGAGAUCCUGCCGAUGAAGGAAAUGGAGCGGGAAAUGUCGUCAGGCGUCCCUUACUACGAGCGAGACCUGCUCAACAUAAUCCGCCAAGGCCGGGGUAUCCCGGCUGUGCCGCUGCUGCUCAUCGGCGUGGCGCCGUAA